CUUCUCUUUGCCUCUUCCCCUCUCUGUUCUGCUCCACUUCUCUCUCUCUCAUUCUUUCUCAAACUUAGUGAGAGGAAAGUGUUAAAUUUGUCUUAUUUAUACGAUAAGGACCACUUCCACUCUAUAAAAACCUCAAAUUCACUGACUCUCCUAUCUCUCUCUUUUUUUCUAACUCUUCCCCAGUCCUAAAUUUCAACCUGCCAUCUCCAAUAUUCCAUCUUUUAACUUUGUCUUUUAACAGGAAUUCAUUAAAUUUUCUGGGAAAAAAGAAAAAAAGAAGAGAUCAUUAUUCGUAAAGAAAAAAAAAUGCAGGAUCCAGCAGCUUAUUACCAGUCGAUGAUGGCGAAACAACUACAUCAGCAACAACAACAACAACAACAACCGCAAUUUCCGGACCAAGAACAGUUAAAGUGUCCUCGCUGUGACUCACCAAACACUAAGUUCUGUUACUACAACAACUACAACCUCUCACAGCCCCGUCACUUUUGCAAAAGCUGUCGCCGUUACUGGACCAAAGGCGGCGCUCUCCGUAACGUCCCCGUCGGUGGCGGUUCUCGCAAGAACGCUAAACGAUCCACCUCUUCUUCUACUUCUCCUAACUCCCACAAGAAGGCCAAGACCCCUGAUCCGGAUCCUAGUUCACAGAAGGAAACCAACCCGGAUACGGAUCCGACCCGGAUGCUGUACGGGUUUCCGAUCGGGGACCAAGACGUGAAAGGUAUGGAGAUGGGUGUUGGUGUUGGUGGUGGUGGUGGGAGUUUUAGCUCGCUUUUGGCGUCGAAUAUGCAGCUGGGUCUUGGUGGGAUCAUGCUCGACGGGUCGGGUUGGGAUCCGGGUAUGAGUUUGGGUUUGAGGAGGAGCGAAGCAGGUAACGGAGGAGGUGGUAACCGUUGGACCGAUCUGGCUAUGAACAGAGUGGAGAAAAACUAAGGAUGAAUAAGUGGAGGGGUAUUUGGUAAAUUUAAAAGCUACAAAACUGAUUUUAGAUGACUUGAGAGUCCGAUGUAAUGUCAUUUUGGUAUUAUAUUCCUCCUGUUACUACUAGUACUCCCUUUUGUUAUUUUAUUUAUAAAUCAGUUUGUUAAAAUUCUAAUCUUUGUUUUUCAAAUGCUACUAUAUAGUUUAAAGACUUUCAUUAA